AGAGAGAAUCCAAUCUUGCUUACUGAGAUGUUGUGGUUGCGUUUGGUUUAAACCAUCUUUAAAUGUGGAAGUACUAUUUGUUGAGUUGAAACUUAUUUGAAAGUACUGUAUUGUGUACAAUAAAAAACAGUACUUUGAGUAGCUUUUUCAUAGACGAGAAUAUCUUUUAUGGGGAAUCAAAACUCUUCUGGUGUAUUUUCACCAGAAAUGACUUAUCGCAUAGGAGGCACGAGAACUGGGUCAGAAACUUAUGUUCGCAGCUACAAUGGUACUGCUUCUGGGAACCCAGUUGACAAUGUUUAUGUAUACGAGUCUUCUCAAGGAGUAGGAGCUCAAAAUAUCCCUCUUCGCUCUGUAGGAGGAACGCUCCGUGGUCAGAGGGCAAUUUCUAGAGCCAACCUUAUAUUGGAAGGUCAACCACCAAGCAAUCAACAGUUGCCUUCUCAACAGCAGCCAGUUAUCAAGUGUGGGACGAAGCAGACCAAUUUGGUCAACUUACGAAAAAGCUCGUUAAAACUCGUAAAAGACGAAGUAUCCAAUUUGCACGUGUUGCAGUUUACUUUUGAUUCUUUGGUCAAUGGCACCUUGACUGUGUAUUAUUUUGCAGUGGAUAGAACGAACUAUCAAAACUUUAGUGCUAUUUGUAUGGAGCCUAUUGGAUAUAGAGAACCUCGUACCAAGCACUUUACUCCUGGUACGGGUAUCUUAUUUACAGAAGACACUCAAGAUGGAAUAGAUUUUCACAAGUAUUCGGAAGAAGAUAUCUUGUAUCAAAAUGGCAGUUUCUAUCCUCUCGUCAUCGUAUUGAAAGUUAAUUCCAUUCCAGAAGAACCGUCAUUGUCUAAGUCUACCAAUAGUGGAACUGAAAUGGCAGCUGAAUCACAAUCAAAUUCUAAUAUAUCAAGUCAAAUAACGUUUGCAACUUUUUCGAAAAGUGAAGAGCAUAGUACAACAGAAUAUGGAGUUUCGGUCAUCAAACAGUAUGCACAAAUUGGAGAUAGUUUGUAUAUGUUGGACGACAUUUAUGGUUACGAUGCCACAUUCUUAGACGAAGCCUUGGAUGAUACCAACUUGUGUGUGAUAUGUAUGCUAAACGAAAGUGACACACUAUUGUUGCCUUGUCGUCAUUUGUGUAUGUGCGCAGAAUGUGCAGAUCGUUUGCGCGUACGUUCAAACAAGUGUCCAGUUUGUCGUCAACUCGUCGAAUGGAUGUUACAAAUACAAAACUUGGACAAAACUCCGACGGAAGAUUGAGUUAUUUCUUAACACAAGUUCACC